GGGUCGUCAACCACUCGCUUGCUCAAACGGGCUUAGCAGAACUGCCAACUUCCAUCGCCCGCUCGUCUCCUGAUCUUGCGAAACGUCCGACAAACCAUGCCAGCGCAUCAGCGACCUGUCGAAUCUCGUCCGUGGUCGCAAAGGGACCGCAGAGGUCGGCGAAUACGGUUGCGCGGCGGACCGCCAUGUGUCAGAAUAAAUUCUCCGCCGUGGACGGGAGACUAGAUGAUGUCAGAAGACUGGUCGCUUCGUGCGAUUCAAGGGCUGGUCAUCGCCAUUGGUGCAACAAGAGAUUAACCCAGCCGCAAGCCCCAUACGCUUCAAUCUCGAUGCCCGUUGACCUAUGGCACCAUCUCCGGCCCAGUUCUCCAGCGCCAGGCCGCGUGGCUGCAAUUGUUCCUGCUGCUACCAUCACGGGUCUGCAAGAUUUAUGCCUAUUCCAUGCCAUGGCCUCGUAGUGCUCGGGGGAGGGGAGGCUUGCUUGAGUUUACACUUACAAUCACCUUCCUUGAACGGUGAAACUUGCUUGUGCCAGAUGACUCUGUGACGAGGCAGGGACGGCCGCAAGAAAAAUCAGUAUAUAUGCCUCUCGUUUGGCGCCGUUCUGUCGACUCCAACCACAGCGAUACAUUCGCCUGUCUUUUCAUAUCAUCCAGCGUGACAGACCAAAUAUGGCCAAGUCCAUGCCAAUCGUACAGCGCGUGCGGUCGUAUGUCAAACGCGGCGUGGACCGAUUGCGUAACCUGCGCGGGGGGAAGGACAAAGGAACCCAAGUCCAGGAGGCGAAGAGCACCGUCAAGACCGCAGAGACCAAGGUGGACGCCUCGAAGGGACAGGAGACGGUGCCGAGCGCAGGAAUUCUUACGCGACCGCUGCAUUCACGAGCCGUGAACUCACAGAUCGCUCUCAUGCAAAAGAGCGUCGCGGCAACCAGCGCGUCUUCGCUCAAUAUUGCCCUCGUCAAUCGUACGACGUCGAGCCAGGUCUAUGUCUACAUCGUCGGCCUCGCACUCAACAACAACAACGCCUGGUUCCUUCUCCAAUCGGACGGGUCGACACCGUACUAUCCAACCUCGCCAUCUUCUACCAUUCAACCUCUCCAGGCGAACGUCGCGAUUCAACUCGGUGCCCCGGGAAGCACAAGGACGGUGACCAUCCCCCAGCUUGCGGGAGCCAGAAUUUUCGUUUCCAUCGGCAGCCCUCUCACAUUCUAUCUCAACCCUGGACCUGCGCUGGUCGAACCUUCGGUCACCAAUCCAAGCGAUCCAAACUUCAACAUCCAAUGGGAUUUUGCGGAAUUCACCUUCAACGGCGGUCUGUAUGCAAACAUCACCUACGUCGAUUUUGUCAGCAUUCCGAUAUCUCUUCAGCUGCAGAACACGUCGGGCGCGACGCAGACGGUGACAGGUAUGCCGGCGAACGGACUUGACACCAUUUGUGCCAACCUCCAAGCUCAGUCCAACAGCGACGGCGUCGCAGGCUGGAAGAAUCUGGUUGUCACGGCGAACGGUAAAAAUCUUCGCGCCCUGAGUCCGAACAGUGACCUCGCACUGCGUCCGGGCGACUUCGCCAAUUACUUUGAGCCUUACGUAGAGCAGGUGUGGCAGAAAUACACCACUUCCACCUUGACCGUCAAGACUCCAGACAACUCCAUCAACACGUCCGGGAUGGUGACCAGCGGCAACCUGACGCUUGGCAGCACCAGUUUCACAAAGCCCAGCACGGCGGACAUCUUCUCGUGCAGCACCGGUCCGUUCGCAACGGGCUCCGACGCGACCCGCAACGUGCUGAUCCCGCAGCUUGCGGCCGCGUUCAACAGGACGACCCUCUUGAAGGAUACGACGACGCCUGCGCCGUUGGCAGACUUCUACCAGAACAGCGUCACAAAUCACUACGCGAGGAUCGUGCACGCGGCCAACGUCGACGGGAAAGGGUACGCGUUCCCGUAUGACGACGUCAACCCGGCCGAGGGAACAGACCAGAGCGGCUUCGUGUCCGAUCCCAACCCGCAGCUACUGACGGUGACCUUUGGUGGGUGGUGAAUCCGAAACGAACUCGUUCUCAACGUCCAGCUACUUCCAGCGCAACAAUUCCCAAUGUGCUAUCAUGAUUCUUUGUGGCUUUUUGUGGGCUUUUUUAGCCAGAUUUCUAAUCCAAUUUAUCUAUGUAUAUAUGUAUGGACAGUCCUUUAAUUAGAAGACCUGCAACCAUUUAGAAAGUUCUACACGAUUCACCUCGCACCGAGCCUUCUCCGUGGAUGCUUU